AUGACGUAUACUGACUAUAUCUUGUGCCUCUAUUUACAUAUGAAAGUAUCGGAGAGGACAUCGAUAAGGGCUGCAUCUAAGGAGGUUUCUCAUGAAGUGAAAACUCUGAUGGAUACAGAGGCUAUAGAUUCAUUCAAGCAAACACAACACCUGCUAUUAGGAAGGUUGCAAGAUAGCAAUGCAGUGCUUUCACAUUUUAUCAAUGAAUACUUAGACAAUUGCUAAGCAGAUGUCAUGACUGAGUUUUCAAAAAAUACACGUCUUUUGAAAUCAAUGAAGAGUGACCUUGACUACAUAUUUCUCAAGUUGAGAAACAUCAAGUCCAAGAUUUUCGCCACUUAUCCUGAUGCGUUUCCAAAUGAAUCCUUGGAAGUUGUUGACACCAGACCAGACCUUGAGUUCGAGUUUGUACUUUUAAACCUUGUUGAGCAAGAAACUGAGAACAGGCUUGUUCACCGUGGAAAUAUAUAUUGCUCAGUUCAUCAUGGCAUCAAUGACCACACUCGUUGGAUGUAG